GGCAUAUUUAUUGCUGUGCUGUAUUGCUUUCUGAAUGGUGAAGUGCAAAAUGCAGUGAAGCGACAGUGCUCAAAAGUGAAGUUGUUUGUUGCCAGCUUCGCGAUUUUCAGUGAUCGUCGACGAUAUGAAACGGAACGAACAUAUAUACCUGAUGUAACAAAUCAAAUGAAUGAUAAAAUUGGAAUGCCUAUGGAAGAACUGAAUAACAUGACCAGCUGA